UCCCACCACUAUAAAUACCCCCUCCCUCAACACAUCUCCUGCAUUCACUUCUCGUCUCGCAUUCUUUCUUCCUUUGAAGAACAGAAAUCUAUUAUCCCCGAGGCGUGUUUCUUCUUCUCAGCUCUCGUUUUCUUCACCUAAUCGCGUUCUCGCUUACAGGGGUAGUGAGGUAGAGCGUAAGGAAGCUAAUAACAGCAAGCAAUCAGCCAUGACGAUCAAACCAGCUGUUCGGAUUGCGGAGAGGAAGCUUGUGGUGAAGGACAGGACAAUCCUCACCAACGUGCCGGAAAAUGUGAUCGCCACCUCCGGCGCUGAAGCGGGGCCUGUUGAGGGUGUGUUCUUGGGUGCGGCGUUCGACAAAGACAGCAGCAGUCACGUGGUUUCGCUAGGAACACUGCGUGAUGUGCGGUUCCUGGCGUGUUUCAGGUUCAAGUUGUGGUGGAUGGCACAGAAGAUGGGGGACAAGGGUCGUGAUAUCCCACUGGAGACGCAGUUCUUGCUGGUGGAAACCAAAGAGGGGUCGCAUUUGGAAUCUGAUGUAGAUGGUGAUGAGGAGAAUAAGGUUGUCUACACUGUGUUUCUGCCUUUGAUUGAAGGGCCCUUUAAAGCUUGUCUCCAGGGGAAUGAAGCGGAUGAGUUAGAAUUGUGCCUGGAAAGUGGUGAUACUGAGACUGUUGGAUCGACUUUCACUCAUGCUGUUUAUAUUAGUGCAGGAACGGAUCCAUUUGGCACGAUAUACGAAGCCAUUAAAGCCGUAAAAUUGCGACUUGGAACCUUUAGAUUGAGGCAUGAGAAGAAGUUGCCUGGGAUUGUCGAUUACUUUGGGUGGUGCACAUGGGAUGCUUUCUACCAGGAGGUGACUCAAGAGGGGGUGGAAGCUGGCCUUGCGAGUCUUGAGGCUGGCGGGACGCCGCCGAAGUUCGUCAUCAUUGACGAUGGUUGGCAGUCUGUGGGAUCUGAUGAAAAUCGACAAGAAGCGCCACAAGAACCACAACCAGAACAACAGCCUGGGCAGCCACAGAUUCUGAGGCUGACCGGAAUUAAAGAAAACGCCAAGUUCCAAAAGAAGGAGGACCCUUCUACGGGGAUCAAGAAUAUUGUCAACAUCGCAAAAGAGAAACACGGAUUGAAGUAUGUUUAUGUGUGGCACGCGAUUACGGGCUAUUGGGGUGGGGUGAGGCCCGGGGUGAAGGAGAUGGAGGAGUAUGGAUCAGCUAUGCAGUAUCCAAAGUUGUCCAAGGGGGUUCUGGAGAAUGAGCCAGGGUGGAAAACUGAUGCAAUUGCUUUGCAGGGGUUGGGUUUGGUGAAUCCCAAGAAUGUUUACAAGUUUUACAAUGAGUUGCACAGCUAUUUGGCUUCUGCGGGGAUAGAUGGUGUGAAAGUGGACGUGCAGUGUAUAUUGGAGACUCUUGGGGCUGGUCUUGGAGGCAGGGUUGAGAUAACCAGGCAGUAUCAUCAAGCACUGGAUGCUUCCGUUGCUAGGAAUUUUCCUGACAAUGGCUGCAUCGCCUGCAUGAGCCACAACCUUGAGUCACUCUACUGCUCAAAACAAACUGCUAUCGUCAGAGCAUCCGAUGAUUUCUACCCGCGGGAUCCUGUUUCGCAUACCAUCCACAUAGCUGCAGUUGCAUAUAACAGUGUGUUCUUGGGAGAAGUAAUGCUGCCUGACUGGGACAUGUUCCAUUCUCUACAUCCGGCGGCAGAGUACCACGGAUCAGCCAGGGCUCUCAGCGGUGGACCUGUCUAUGUUAGUGAUGCGCCCGGAAAGCACAACUUUGAUCUUCUGAGGAAGCUUGUUCUCCCUGAUGGUUCCAUUCUCCGAGCUCGCUUGCCUGGCCGACCCACCAAGGAUUGCCUAUUUUCUGACCCCGCCCGUGACGGUGUUAGCUUGUUGAAGAUAUGGAACAUGAACAAGUACACUGGAGUUCUUGGAGUAUACAACUGUCAAGGUGCAGCAUGGAACAGUGUUGAGAGGAAGAACACUUUCCACCAAACCAAAUCCGAAUCAAUCACCGGCUAUGUCAGGGGCCGCGACGUUCAUCUCAUUUCAGACGUUGCGCUCGACUCCAACUGGGAUGGAAAUGUCGCUCUCUACUCUCACAGGAGUGGCGACAUUAUCACCCUGCCGUAUAAUGUAGCCUUGCCAGUCUCCCUCAAGGUCCUAGAGCAUGAGAUCUUCACCGUCACACCGAUCAAAGUACUGGCACCUGGGUUCCGCUUUGCACCAUUUGGGCUCAUUGACAUGUUCAAUGCUGGUGGAGCAAUAGAAGGGCUCAAAUAUGAAGUGAAGGCUGCUGCACAAUCAUCAGAAGGAAACGGUGUUGCUGGAGAGAGAGUCGAGAACUUGAGCUCGGAGGUUGUGGCAGUCAUUUCCAUGGAAGUAAAGGGCUGUGGCCGUUUCGGUGCUUACUCAUCGGCUAAGCCUAGAAAAUGCACAGUGGGAUCUGCAGUGGUCGACUUCGAAUACGACUUGGCCUCUGGCCUGGUAACCUUCAACUUGCUCGAGAUGCCCCGGGAGGAUCAGAAAGUCCACAACGUCGUGAUUGAAUUAUGAAGUUAUCAUUACUUCAUUGCUAGAUUUUGAGCAUGAUGAGGAACUAUUGAGCUAUGUAAAGUUUGGGGAGAGGAGCAGAGAGGUUCCCCUGAGAUUCACGAUGAGCCUCUGUACUGGGCUUGGAAAGUUAGGAUAUUUCAUCCCAUAUCUGCUUAGGAACCCCAAUUUGAUUGUACCCUCAAUUCAUCUUCCUGCUAGGAAGAAACCCAUACAACUAGAAUAAUAUCAAAUGGCUGCAUUUGUGGAAUUAUGUAAUUUUCACCCAUCUAGUGAGAGCUGUUGUUGUUUGAGUUAA